AUGGCUAAUUCUAUGGCCUUGUUAACACAGCGUAAUUGUAUUCAAUUCGCUACCGCGCCGAUACCCACUUUCGAUGGCGAGAAUCCAGCUUUGUCGGUUUUCGCUCAGAGUGUAGAAAACGGGCUCGCGUUAAUACCAGAUACGUCGGAAACAGAGUAUCUGAGUAUCGUGUUGACUAAACUCACCGGUCCGGCGCGGAUUAGUAUCCAAGAUAAACAAUUCAACAAUGUAACUCAAUUGUUACAACAUUUGAAAAAACGAUACGCUCCUGGGAAGAACUUGGCGUAUUUCCAAGCUGAGGUUUCGCGCCUUAAAAUCCGUGAGGACGAAUCACUAAGGAAGUACAUCGACAGAGCCAGCAAACUUGCCCAUGGAUCUCGUAUCGCGAUCCGCGAGAGGUACACGACCAACGUGGAUCAGCUCAUCAAGGAGAUGGAAAUGGACAUCUUGGAGAAUUUCCUUGAGGGUUUACCGGAGCGUGUGGCCUGGAGAAUCGCCGCUCUGGACAAAAAGAUUAAAACUUUAGAAGAGGCGUACGAAGCUGUGUUACAAAUUGAACGUCGCCUCAAGAACCGACGACAGAUUCAGGAGAAGGCAUCACCUAGUCGUCGUAGAGAAGAGGAUUUUCUCAGCUGGAGACGUCCUCGAGAGAAGGAACACAGGCGUGUGUACCCUCAGUCACCGUCACCCUAUCGGCAAAGACCAAGGGAUCGCAGCACAUCUGGUUCCGAACCGGAGUUCGAAGAACGAGCUUCACGUGCAACGGCGUUGACUUUACGUAAGCAUGAUUAUUCACGCUCUCCAAACCACUCACCGGAGGCGCCAAAAUAUGACGAGCCGUUCAACACCAAACACGAUGUUUACGACUUUUAUUGCGCAAACUGCAGUACGGUCGGACACGGUUGGAAGGAUUGUGAAAAAUCACCUCGCCGCGAAAGACCCCGAUUCCAGUAUCGAAGGGAGUCACGAGGGAAUUUCUCACCUUUGAGGAAACCUUUAAACUCCAACAACGCUCACCCAAACGGCGAGGCGGAAGGGGCUGAAAUUUCCUAUUACCAUAAAACCUUGGUAACUCGUAACCAACCUAUUAAACCUAUAUUCUUCAGUAACGCUGAGGAGAUGGAACUGCAUCCAGUAUUGCCAAUUAAACAUAGAUUGCCAGGACGCACAGCUCUCCAAAUUGCAGUUCCAGUCGCAAAUCCGGAGGUUAUGGAAGGGUACCUAGCACGAAUCAAGACUCCUGAACAGGUCUACAUUGGAGAAGCAGCAGUCUGCAAUCAUGAUGGAAUUUGCUAUGUCCUAGCCACAAACACCGGAGAAGACGAAAUCGAAAUCGACAUUGAACCACAACGCAUACAUCCGUAUGAGAUUUUUGACUCAUCAGAUGACGAUCCUAUUCCUUCGUAUCUAGCAAAGGAAACAAAGGAAGACAGAACUACACGUAUCCAAGAUCUUUUAAGGACCGAUCAUCUAAACUCUGAAGAACGACAACAUGUGUUCAAAAUUGUCAGGGAAUUUUUUGAUAGAUUUUUCCUACCUGGAGAUAACCUGGGCAAGGUUCCAAAUUUUCAUCACUCUAUUUACACAACAGACGACAUUCCGAUUAAUACUAGACAGUAUCGGUACCCACCAGUACAUCAGGAGGAGAUACAACGACAGGUUGGAGCUCUGCUAUCGCAGGGUAUUAUUAGACCAUCCACCUCACCAUACAAUUCUCCUUUAUGGAUUGUACCGAAGAAACCGGACGCCGAUGGUAACAAACGUUGGCGAAUGGUAAUCGACUUUCGUGCAUUAAACGAAAAAACAACAGGCGACAAGUUUCCAUUACCUAAUAUUCCAGAAAUACUAGACAAGGUAGGCGGAGCAAAAUACUUCUCAAUAUUUGAUUUGGCAAAUGGAUUUCAUCAGAUUGAAAUGAACCCAAAGGACAGACAGAAGACCGCGUUUACAACCCCACAUGGACAUUUCGAGUUUGUGCGUAUGCCUUUUGGUUUGAAGAACGCACCACCGACAUUCCAACGCGUCAUGAACCGGGUAACAUCAGGCCUGGAAAACGUACUUGUGUUCAUAGAUGAUAUGAUUGUUUUUUCUUCAUCGCUGCGUGAACACGAAAUUAAAGUUAAAAAACUAUUCGAUCGCCUCAGGGAAUAUGGACUUACUCUACAGACUAAUAAAUGCGAAUUCCUACGCAAAGAGGUUGCCUAUCUGGGACACAUUUUGUCUGCUGACGGGGUUAAACCAGAUCCUAGGAAACUUCACGCCGUAAAAAACUUUCCGAUUCCAAAAACACAGAAGAAUGUGCAACAGUUUCUGGGACUGACGGGAUACUAUCGCCGAUUCAUCAAGGAUUACUCUCUAAAGGCAAAACCACUAGUUCAGCUGUUGGGAAAAGGAACCCCUUUCCAACGGACUGAAGAACAACAAGGGAGUUUUGAACUAUUGUGUAAAGAACUCUGUACACAACCAAUAUUACAAUAUCCAGAUUUUGAACGACCAUUUGUUAUCACGACGGAUGCUUCGGAUCAAGCGAUUGGGGCAGUUUUAAGCCAAGGAGAAAUUGGACGAGACUUACCAAUUGCAUACGCUUCUCGAAGUUUGAAUCCAGCCGAAAGAAAUUAUUCAGCAACGGAAAAGGAGUGUCUAGCCAUGGUAUACGCAGUACAGUAUUUCCGACCAUAUGUCUUCGGACGAAGAUUUACACUUGUCACGGAUCAUCGACCGCUGGUUUGGUUACAUUCAGUUAAAGACCCCACUUCACGGCUAGUAAAAUGGAAAUUAAGACUCUUAGAGUACGAGUACGAUGUUAUUCACAAGCCUGGGAAAAUAAACAAAAACGCAGACGCUUUAUCCCGGAACCCUCCUACGGUCUGUCUCCCUUUGAUUCCACGAGAAGACAAGGAGUUCAAAGUGCCAAUACCAAACCCGGACCCUCAGCCGGAUACCAUUGGUCGACGCAUCCAUGAAUUGCGACGAGAUCGGGAGAAAAGACCAACAUACACGGAAGAUACCAGCAAGGAAAACAGUCAGACUACCAUAAGGCCUGCGUCUACUGUCGUGGAACUACCUGACCCUCCUACACCACCAACAGACGGACCAGAUGUUCAAGGUUUACAACCACCCCUACAACCUGCCAGACCGCAGACUCCACCGGAUAUGAACAGACCACUGUACAGGUCGCAAUCGGUUUCUGGGCAAGCCAGAGCUAUGUGUAGUACAGACCUUGAUCAAGGAGCUCCGCUCCUCGCUACCUCUUUACACUUGAUAGGUGACUAA